AUGAGUAAUCACAAGGAAUGGCUCUUUCCAUACCAGGUGACCGACCACGCUGGGAGAGAGGCACGUAAACUCGCUCUGACGCUGGAUCUCUCCCAAUUGAUAGACUGUGCAACCAGGGUCCCGGACGUCGACACUCACACAGCCAACUGUCUUGACCUUCUGCUGACAUCUGAUCCAGACAGAUAUUCCAUCCUGGUUACUGCUCCUCUUGGAACUUCUGACCACUGCCUGGUGAAAACUGUAUCGACAUACUCCCCAUCUGAUCGUGGCCCUUGUGGAGUAAGACGAGUAUGGCGAUACAAGUCGGCACAUUGGGACGAGAUGCGUCAGUUUUUCGCAUCUUUCCCUUGGAGGCCGGCAUGCUUUUCUUCUCGAGACCCAACGAGUUGGGCCGAUGCCAUAACAGAAGUUAUACGCCUGGGUAUGGAAUUCUUCAUUCCUUACUCAGACGUCGCCUCAGGUUGCAAAGCUCGCCCUUGGUUCGAUGCUGAUUGCCGUCAUGCUGAAGCGUGUAAGCAGUCAGCGUUUCUGGCAUGGGCUGAUGCUCGAACGCGCGACUCACCGGACACUCGCAAUCUGAAGAAAGCCUACAACCAAGCCUCCAAGUCUUGCAAAAAGGCGUUACGCAGGGCUCGCUAUGAUCAUAUUGGACGCAUUGGCACCAAACUUGCUUCUUACCCAGCCGGGUCCAAAGCGUUUUGGUCCCUUGCCAAGGCCAUCCAAUCAAACUUCUGUCGCCCCAGCCUGCCGCCACUGCUGGAACCCGAUGGCUCACUGGCUCACUCUGCUGAGGAAAAGGCGAACCUUUUUGCCACCCUGUUCGCUGAUAACUCACGUCUUGACGUCGCAGGCAAAACGCCACCCUCAUUACCCCCUGCCUCCUCCACCAUGCGUGAGGUCCGCAUACGGCAGAGAGAGGUUUUAAAUGUCUUGCGUUCUCUUGACGUAAAUAAAGCCAGUGGACCCGACGGAAUUCCGGCAAUUGUCCUGCGUAACUGUGCGCCAGAGUUGUCUCCUAUUCUGACACGCCUGUAUCGACUCUCACUUGAGACUGGACUAGUCCCUAAAUCAUGGAAGCUUGCAAACGUACAGCCCGUACCUAAAAAGGGCAGUCGUGCUGACCCAACUAAUUACAGACCCAUCUCUGUUACGUCUAUACUCUGCAAGAUAAUGGAACGUGUCCUGCCGUGUGUCUGCAACUCUUUUUCUACUGCAUAUCAACGAUCUGCUCAAACCCGGCACCUUUGGGUACGCAGAUGA